AAGAGGCAACUAAAAGCUUCAAAAAAGUAGCAGUCCGCAUGUCUUGCAUAUUUGUUGUUGCUUCACCAGGGUUGCGACCACCAGACUGUGUGCACAAUGCGAUAUAACAAUAAUGGAAUUGAUUUGGAAAGGCAGAAGCGCAGAAAAUCCAGAUUUGGCAUACUCUGGCGCAGAAGAGGGCGCAUAGGAAAAGUCACGAUCGUUAUCAUUGCACUCUUAACACUGACAACAAUAGGGCUUGGAAUAGCAGCAAUUGUUCUUAGUGCAAAAGUGCCAAAUACUUCAUCAAUAGUAACGCCGAUCACUUCCACAUCUACUGGACCAAUUACAUCAACAACCACAGAGCCAAUCAAUUCAACAACUAUUGGACCAGGCACUUCGACAACCACAGGGCCUGCCAGUUCAACAACUACAGGACCAGCAAGUUCAACAACCACAGGGUCAGGCAGCUCAACAAUCACAGGGCCAGCCAGUUCGACAACCACUGAGCAAGCUAGUUCAACAACUACUGGACCAGCCUCUUCAACAACCACAGGGCCAGCCACAUUAACAACCACUGAGCAAUCUUCAUCAACAACAGAGUUAGCCACAACAGACUUGUCCUCUUCUGCACCUUCCUCCACAACAGAAAAGUCAACAACCACUACUUCAGCAGAAACGACGUCAACUUCGUCUGAAGGUUCGACUGUUCUGACAACAGACGAUCCUCUUUCAACCACCACUCAGGAACCGACAAAUCCCAGUAGCACAGAAGAUCCUUCUGCUUCUACUACAACUGAAUGGUCCACUUUAGUCACAACAGAUGAAUCGACAAUCACUACAACAGACGUCUCAUCUCCUGUAACUGACGAUACAACCUCAGAAGAUCCAAAUUCCUCCACAACUGAGCAAUCUACCACCACAGAUUCAUUUACCUCGACAACCAUCGAUGUGACUUCUCCAACAACAGAUGGUUCAACCUCGUUUACCACUGACGAUUAUUCAACAUCAACUAAUACUGAAUUUACGUCUACCAUUACUGGAGAGUCAACCUACCCUUCUUCUGAGGGUUCAACUAUUCUGACAACAGACGAUCCUCUUUCUACUACCACUCAAGAAUCGACAGAUCCCAGCACAGAAGAUCCUUCUUCCACAACUGAAUGGUCAACUUUGUUCACGACAGAAGAAUCAAACCCUACCACGACUGAUGCAUCAACCAUCACUACAACAGGCAUUUCAUCACCUGUUACUGACGAUUCAACCUCAGAAGAUCCAAAUUCCACCACAACCGAACAAUCAACCACCACAGUUUCAUUUUCCUCGACAACUAAUGAGGCUCCUACAACGGAAGAUUCAACCUCGUCGACCGCUGACGAUUAUUCAACCUCAACUAAUACUGAAUUUACGUCCACCAUUACUGAGGAGUCAACGUCUUCUUCUACUGAGGGCUCAACUAUUGUGACGACAGAUGAUCCUUUCUCCACUACCACUCAGGAAUCGACAAAUCCCAGUAGUACAGAAGAUCCUUCUGCUUCAACUACAACCGAAUGGUCCACUAUAGUCACGACAGAAGAACCAAAUCCUACCACGACUGAUGAAUCAACCAUUACUACAACAGACGUCUCAUCACCUGUAACUGAUGGGUCAACCUCAGAAGAUCCCAAUUCGUCCACAACCGAGCAAUUUACCACGACCACAGAUUCAUUUUCCUCAACAACCAUUGAUGUGUCUUCUCCAACAACAGAUGAUUCAACCUCGUCGAGCACUGACGAUUAUUCAACUUCAACUAAUACUGAAUUAACGUCUACCAAUACUGAGGAGACAGCAUCCCCCUCGUCUGAAGGUUCGACUCUUGUGACAACAGACGAUCCUUUUUCAACUACCACUCAGGAAUCAACAAAUCCCACCACAGAAGAUCCUUCUUCCACAACCCAAUGGUCCACUUUGGUCACAACAGAUGAAUCAACCAUCACUUCAACAGACAUUUCAUCACCUGUAACUGACGAUUCAACUUCAGAAGACCCAAAUUCCACCACAGAUUCAUUUACCUCGACAACUAACGAUGCUCCUACAACAGAAUAUUCAACCUUGUCCACUACUGACGAUUCAACCUCUACUGCUACUGAAUUUACGUCUACGAUUACCGAGGAGUCAACGUCUGAGAGUUCUACUAUUCUGACAACAGACGAUCCUUUCUCAACCACCACUCAAGAAUCAACAAAUCCUAGUAGCACAGAAGAUCCUUCUUCUUCAACUACAACUGAAUGGUCCACUUUAGUCACGACAGAAGAAUCAAACCCUACCACGACUGAUGAAUCAACCAUUACUACAACAGACGUCUCAUCACCUGCAACUGAUGGGUCAACCUCAGAAGAUCCCAAUUCAUCCACAACCGAGCAAUUUACCACGACCACAGAUUCAUUUUCCUCAACAACUGAUGAUGUGACUUCUGCAACAGAAGAUUCAACCUCUACUGUUACUGAAUUUACGUCUACGAUUACCGAGGAGUCAACGUCUGAGGGUUCUACUAUUCUGACAACAGACGAUCCUUUCUCAACCACCACUCAAGAAUCAACAAAUCCUAGUAGCACAGAAGAUCCUAUUUCUACAACUGAAUGGUCCACUUUGGUCACGACAGAAGAAUCAAAUCCUACCACGACUGAUGAAUCAACCAUUACUACAGACGUCUCAUCACCUGUUACUGACGAUUCAACCUCAGAAGAUCCAAAUUCCACCACAACUGAUCAAUCAACCACCACAGAUUCAUUUUCCUCAACAACUAUUGAUGUGACUUCUCCUGCAACAGAAGAUUCAACCUCGUCCACUACUGACAAUUAUUCAACGUCAACUAUUACUGAAUUUACGUCUACCAUUACUGAGGAGUCAUCGUCCCCUUCAUCUGAGGGCUCAACAAUUUUGACAACAGACGAUCCUUUCUCAACCACUACCCAGGAAUCGAUAAAUCCCAGUAGCACAAAAGAUCCUUCUGCUUCUAGUACAACUGAAUGGUCCACUUUAGUCACGACAGAAGAAUCAAAUCCUACCACGACUGAUGAAUCAACCAUCACUACAACAGACAUCUCAACUUCAGAAGAUCCAAAUUCCUCAACAUCUGAACAAUCUACCACCACAGAUUUAUUUUCCUCGACAACUGAUGAUGUGACUUCUUCAACAGAAGAUUCAACCUCAUCCACUACUGAAUUUACGUCUACAAUUACCGAGGAAUCCACAUCCCCUUCUUCAGAGGGAUCGACUAUUCUGACAACAGACGAUCCUCUCUCAUCCACCACUCUGGAACUGACAAGUCCCAGCACAGAAGAUCCUUCUUCUACUACAACUGAAUGGUCCACUUUGAGCACGACAGAAGAAUCAAACCCUACCACAACUGAUGAAUCGACCGUCGUUACAACAGAUGGGUCAACUUCAGAAGAUCCAAAUUCCUCCACACCUGAAGAAUCUACCACCACAGAUUCUUUUUCCUCAACAACUGAUGAUUUGACUUCUCCUGCAACAGAAGAUUCAACCUCGUUCACUACUGAAUUUACGUAUACCGUUACCGAGCAGUCAACUUAUCCCUCGUCUGAGGGUUCAACUAUUCUGACGACAGACGAUCCUCUUUCAACCACUACUCAGGAAUCGACAAAUCCCAGCACAGAAGAUCCUUCUUCUACUACAACUGAAUGGUCCACUUUGAGCACGACAGAAGAAUCAAACCCUACCACAACUGAUGAAUCGACCGUCGUUACAACAGAUGGGUCAACUUCAGAAGAUCCAAAUUCCUCCACACCUGAAGAAUCUACCACCACAGAUUCUUUUUCCUCAACAACUGAUGAUUUGACUUCUCCUGCAACAGAAGAUUCAACCUCGUUCACUACUGAAUUUACGUCUACCGUUACCGAGCAGUCAACUUAUCCCUCGUCUGAGGGUUCAACUAUUCUGACGACAGACGAUCCUCUUUCAACCACUACUCAGGAAUCGACAAAUCCCAGCACAAAAGAUCCUUCUUCUACUACAACUGAAGGGUCCACUUUGAGCACGACAGAAGAAUCAAACCCUACGACAACUGAUGAAUCAACCAUUACUACAACAGACGUUUCAUCGCCUAUAACUGACGAUUUAACCUCAGAAGAUCCCAAUUCAUCCACUACCGAGCAAUUUACCACGACCACAGAUUCAUUUUCCUCAACAACUAUUGAUGUGACUUCUCCUGCAACAGAAGAUUCAACCUCAUCCACUACUGACGAUUAUUCAACCUCAACUAACACUGAAUUUACAUCUACCAUUACUGAGGAGUCAACUUCCUCUUCAUCUGAGGGUUCAACUAUUCUGACAACAGACGAUCCUUUCUCAACCACAACUGAUGAAUCAACAAUCACUACAACAGACGUCUCAUCACCUGUAACUGACGAUUCAACCUCAGAAGAUCCAAAUUCCUCCACAACUGAGCAAUCUACAACCAAAGAUUCAUUUUCCUCGACUACUGAUGAUGUGACUUCUCCUACGACAGUUGAUUCUUCAUUCUUCUACAACAGAAGAUUCAACCGCGUCCACUACUGACGAAUAUUCAACCUCAACUAGUACUGAAUUUACUUCUUCCAUUACUGACGAGUCAACGUAUUCCACCUCCUCUAUGACAGCAGGAGAGAUAACUUCCCCCACGACGGAUAUUUUUACCACAACUGAUUUCUUGUCCUCUACCGCAACAGAAGAUUCAACUACAGAGGAGCUGACCACCGUAAAAUCAGAAGAAACAAUUUCACUGUGGUAACCACAGAAAAUCAGUAAUCAAGAGAGAAUUAAGAUCCUAAAUUAUUAAAGCAAAGACUGUGAUAUUUCUCCAUUAAAGUUAACUAAAAAUGAAAAGUCAUUAAAUUAAAUUGCCGCAUCCACAUACCAGCAAAAUAAUUUUAUAUGUGUAAUAAAUUAUGCAAUAGUUUGAAGGAAAUAAAAUAAAUAUAAAAAA